AUGGAUACAAUGACUACAAUCGUGCAAAAUCAAAGUAGUGAUUUAGAAAAAGAACAAAAAGAAGAACAAGAAGAAACAGAAAAAGAAAAGUACAAGCGAAUAGUUCUCGAUUUAUAUGAAAAAGGUGGAAAAACGCCAAAAAUCCACUUAGUCAGUGAUAAUAAAAACAUUCAACCAGAAGAUGUUUUUGUAGAUUCUGAUCGAGUUCAAAUUGUAUUUACAGCGGGUCUUAUUGAUGAUGAACCUGAUAAUGAUCCAGAUACAAUCAGAAGUAUUUGUGCAAAAGGAUUUAAUAUUGCAAAUUUAAAAACAAUAAUUGAUGAAACAAUGAAUGAUCAUUGGGAAAAUAUUCACCUAGAACAACAAGCAAUCGAACAAGAUUUGCCAUUACGUCUGUCAGAAUUAAAAGAGGUUUAUGUGCGUACAGCAAAAUUUAUUUAUAAUAUACGCCCAGAAUAUUCUGAUGGAACCGAAUAUCAUUAUUUUUCAUUUGAUGAUUUUCGACGAUUUACAUUCAAUAAAAUUGGUGAGACAGUGCCGGAUGAUUUUGUAAAGGAUUCCAGAGAAUAUCCACUUCUACUGAUUCGACAAUUAUAUAAAAAUUCAACAAAAGCAGAAAAAGCUCGAACAUAUGCAAUUGAAACAAAAUUUCCAGAGUUGACAACAAAACCUUGCAAUAUUAAUAGUGAUAAUCUUGGUAAAACAUUAGAACGAGCAAAAUGGGUCAUUAGAAAUCCAAAUGAUACUGACAAUGUCCCGUUUAAAGUUGAUUCAAGUUGUGAUUUCGUUUAUUUGUGUAAAACUGGUCAACAAUCACCAUUAGAUAAUUUUUGGACAACAUAUAAUUUAAAUUCUAUAUUAGAAUUGACUGAUUACAGCGAAAGAGCAUUGAGUUAUUUUACACACUCAAGCGUUAAUGGUGCAACUCAAUCGGUAUGUCGUACUGUAGGAAAAUAUCCAAUAGUCGAUGUGGUUAUAUGUGCAGUUAAUUGCUAG